GCAAAACCGGUGUGGCUGCCAAGUUCGGAUUUUGGGAGCCAACAGCCGAGACAGGGGGCUGCCCCAGACACAACCAUGGCGACUUUCGGCAACAUCGAAGCGCAGCUCGCGCCGGAGCCCGUAGCCGAGGCGCCCAAGCUGCCCACGUCCCAGCGGAAGCUAAAACCGGGCCUCACGAUCUCCAACCUCGCCGCCGAGGUCUUCUCGGUACGCUUCAGCCCCGACGGCCGCUACCUCGCGGCGGGCUGCGGCGACGGCGCCAUCCGCGUCUUCAACGCGUCCACUGGAACGGAAAGCGCCAAUCUCACUUCUAACAGCUCGAACGGGCUACCUACCACCGUCAUUAGAUUUAGACCCCACGGCGGCGACCGCACGAAGAACGUGCUGCUGGCGGCGAACGCGAACGGCGGCGUCGAGCACUGGCACGUUAGUUCUGGUAAACUGCUACACGCCUUCCCGGUGAAAGACGACUCCAAUCAAGUCUAUGCCUUGGACUACGACCAGAACGGGGAUAGGUUCGCUACCGGAGGCAAGGACUGCGCCGUGCGUAUUUAUGAUGAGGAUAGCAAGAAACUACUCGUGACGCUCAAGGGCGGCCAGGGGUAUGGUUCCCAUGUGGCUGCAGGACACAGUAACAGAAUCUUCGCGCUGAAGUGGCAUCCUACGGAGCCGAACUGCCUUGUAAGUGGUGGCUGGGACAACACGAUCCAGAUCUGGGAUGCGCGCAAGGAUGGGGGUGCCGUGAGAAGCUUCUAUGGGCCUCACUUAUGUGGGGAUUCGCUGGACAUCUCGCCGGACGGCUCCAAAGUACUUACAGGAAGCUGGCGCCCCGAGGAUCAAGUGCAAUUGUGGGAUUUCAACACUGGAAAGUUGCUCGAAACCGUGCCGUGGGCGUCGUCGCUCAUCCACCACCGGGACCCCUGCAUGGUCUACGCGGCGCAGUUCUCGAAGCACAUGCCUUUGGUGGCGGCCGGCGGGUCCGGCGCGAACGAGGCGCGCGUCUUCGACUGCGAGCGCGGGAACGCGCUCGUGGGCGUCGUCGCGGGCUUGGACCGCGGCGUCUUCACGGUGGACUUCGCGCCGGGCGGGAAGCGGUUGGCCGUGGCCGGCGGCGACGCCGCGAUCCGCGUGCUCGACGUCGUCGACGCGGCCGCGUGGGAGAAGGAGCGGCCCGGGACGGCCGCGCCCGUCGAGGCGCCGCCGGCCGUGCCCGUCGCGCCGCCCGUCGCGCCGCCGGCCGUGCCGGCGCAGUGAUUGUCCGUUCCCUCGCGUAAUUACUUCAUGACUGAG